AUGGAGCGGGAGAGCGGCGGUGGCGCCGGCCCGUGCGAGGGGGAGGAGGGCGAGGAGCGCGAGGAGCGCGAGGAGCGCGAGGGCUGCGCGGGGCUGUGGGAGCUGCCGGUGGAGCGCAGCGAGAGGCGGCCGGAAUGCAGCCGCUGCAGCCGCCCUCAGAAGGUGUGUUUGUGUCCAUUCCUGCCGAUACAUCCACUGAAAAUCUCCACCUGCUUGUAUAUAAUUCAGCAUCCUGCAGAGGAAAGUCGGGUUUUAAGGACAGUGCCUUUGCUAACAGCUUGUCUCCCUCCAGACAAAUGUAAAAUUUUGGUUGGUCGGCGUUUUAGUGAAGACAGGUAUCCUGAGCUAGCUGCUGUAUGCAGAAAUCCCAGUACUCUCAUUUUGUAUCCUGGAGCUGAAGCUACCAAUUUGGAAGAAGUCACUGUGAUGUCUUCUAGCCCACCAGUUAUGAUCAUCAUUGAUGGAACUUGGAGCCAGGCUAAAGAUAUAUUUUACAAAAAUUCUCUCUUCCGAUUUCCCAGGCAGGUGCAGUUAAAAACCAACAUUUCAAGUCAAUACGUAAUUCGUACACAGCCAACAAACAGCUGUCUCUCUACACUUGAAUGUGCUGCUGUUGCUCUCACUAUCAUGGAAAAAAAUAAGAAUAUACAAGAGACUAUACUACGACCCCUUCAAGCUUUGUGCUCUUUCCAGCUUCAGCAUGGAGCCCAGAUCCAUCACAGCAAGGAGCAUCUUCUCAAAAAUGGCUUAUAUGACAAGCCAAUGCCAAAGAAUAAGCGCAAACUAAGAAGAAUGGAACUUUUGUUAAAUAAUGUAAAAAUAUAGGAAAACUGUACCUACCAUACAGUGGGAUGUAUUUGCAGCUAGCCAAUGAAUGUGGAUCUGAAUUUAAUCCAAGGAGUUGUGCAUACUGUAACAAAGCAACUUGGAGGCCCUUCGUAGUUAAAAAGUGUUUACCUCCAGUAAAAUGAACAGUAAUGGGCGAGCUCUUUUAUUCUUUUGUUCAGAUGAUUGAAGAUUACCCUAAUUUCCUUUAGAAAAAAAAAAAAAAAAAAAAAAAAAAAGAUGAAAAUUUGGAGCUUGGUUUAGAUUUAUGUUAUCUCUUGGAUGAAUAGUACCUGUUAGAUUUCUUUUGGAGAAGUUUGAUCACAAAACAGAAUGUCAAUGUAACAGACUGGGAAGACUUCAGAAUUUAGAAGUAUAUGGAAUUUUGGUAAUUUUAAUUUCAGAAUCUAAUUUUUGAAGUUUUUCAAACAUUAAUUCUUUAUGUUAUUUAGGUCACUAUACAUAAGUCGUGUUUUUUGGAUAGUUCUUUUCAAUGAUGAGAUUUAUAUUUGGUCCCUUUUGAAAAUGAAUGUGUAUUUUACAAGGCCUUCAGAUUUAGUUUGUCUCUUAAACUUAGUUGUUUAAAUUAAGUCCACAGAUUUUUAUGUGAACCUGAACACUUCUGGUCAAACAACAACAACAAAGUAAAGAAAACAAUAAAGUCAAUGCAGAGAAAUCAUUUUUUGGAUUAUAACUCAGGUGCUAAAACUAAAGUUUCUCUUCUGCAGAAGGGGACAUUUUAUGCUUCAGACCAGCAGUAUACAUCACAUCCAUACCCUUAAAAACUCGCCCUUACUACUAGGACAGUAAAGGAGUUAAACAAGUCCCGUGUGGACGGCCCACUCAGAAGUAUGGUGCAAUGACAAAUGGUUAUUUCUGGGUACAACUUACUAACAUGUUUGCAAAUCCAGUAAGUUUCUGUGUGCUCUUUGACUAGUUCUUCUCUUUUACCAGUGAUGUCUGUGUACUUUCUUCUAACAAGACUUGCUAGAAGCAGAGGAAUUGAGUAUUUUUACAAGCUUUGUGAAUUAAUGGUUUAUGAUCUGAAGGGAAAAAAAAAAAAAAAAGUUAAAUAAAGGUUUUAAAAUUCCAUUCUUCAUAAAUGCCUCCAUCAUGGAACAGGUGAAAUUGCUUACUCUUUGUCUUUACUGUCUAUUCCGCUCAAGAUAACAACAUGGAGAUAACUGUAUACUAAUUAGUUUUUGACAAAGGAAAGAUAUUUUGCUGCUAAUUUUUCAAAAGCAAGUGAAAAAAAACUAUGAAAGUGGGAGAUGUAAACACAGCUCACCAAUUGAACUGAAAACACUUCUACAAUUAACAAGAGAGGUCAAAACCAUGUCAGAGAUAAGCUAAGAAGUUCUGGUUAACCCUAAGCUAACAAGUGACCUUUUGUGUAGCCAUGGGUUAACAAUUUAAUUUGUCUGGCUGUGCUAGCAAAAUCUGUAUAACCUUGCCCCCUCCUGUUCUAUGUAAGUGCUCUAUUUGCUUCUAAUAUCAGUAAACCUGAAUUAGUUUUGACACAGCUGAAGCAAAACAGUUGCAAGUGAUGAAUGAUCUUGUGGAUGAACUCUUAGGGCAGAGGAAGGGUGUGUUUAUUCCUGCAGAGAGGCGCAGUGCAGUAAUCUCUGUGCUAGUGUGGAAUCAGAACUUGUACAACUUGCAUGUGUGACACUGCCUCUAGUUCUGGGCUGACAUAGCUGGGAAUCCCUUUCCCCCAUGCUUUUUGGGUCUGAGCAUUUAUAAAGGAAACAAGAUUAGCAGUUAGGAUUUAUUCUUACUGCCAUAGUAACGUAUAGGUAUUUAUUGUAUAUGUUGAUUUUGUGCCCCUUGUUUUAAACUCCAUUAGAACAACAGUGUAUCUUUUGACCUACCUUGCGCAGUCUGUUUUUGUACAGAGAAGUCUAAGUGUAUCUUUCAACAGAAUGAGAGCUGAGAAUAUAUGGCGAACAGGAAGACACUUGUUCUACACACUGGGUUUCACAGACAUCUGCAAAAUGCCUUAGAAUUGUAAGAUCAGAGAAAUAGUUGUCUUAAUUGAAUUAUAAUCCUGCAUUAUGCAUACAGUCUCUGAAUUCAGGUUUUUCAUGUUUUUCAGCAAAGAAUAAAUUCUGCACAGCUUACUUCUCAGUUUUGCUGUUUCCUUGUUUUCCACUGAUUUUGCUCCUGUAAGAAGGAUCUGUGGAUCUAAUGCUAGAUUCAUGGAAGCCUUUAAUUGCUAGAUUCCCUUGUUGCAGUGCACUAGAUCAAUCACUGUGCAACAGUUGCUGAAGAAAUGAAAAACGAUUCACUGCAAACCUCCAGGCAUUUUAUUUAAGUUUUCUGUAUGCCUUGUCACAGCUGUAAUGUAGUGAUCAUUUAGAUGCAACACGAGUAUUAAUAAGAAGCUCAAUUUCAGAUUUGCUUGAAUCUGUUGAACACAAAGUGCCAUAUUUUGCUUGCCUCUUUCUUUUCGGUGGAACUUGUCUGGCCUUAAAAACAUAUGCAAUAGAAAAAAAUAAUGGUAGUAAGUGCUUAAGAAGUUUCUUUUCAGGUGUUUUGAAUUCGGAGUACCCUCUAAGCACAUUACUUCAAAGAAAUGUGUACUCUGUAGUCCAGACUCCUUGAUGAAAGUUGUGCUUGAUGAAGCAGCACACUUUGCAAGCAAUUUCAUUAGAAUAAGUUUAAUUUGCAGGGUUUUUUGUUUGUUUGUUUGUUUUCUGUAAUGGUCAAUCUGUUUCAUUUUUCCACUUACAAAAGAUUAAUAAAUCAAAACCAGCAGUCUAACAAUUAUGAAAAAAGGAAUGCAUUUACUUCUCAUGUUUGUUUCUUUGUUCUUGUCCUCUUUGUGCUUCUGAAUGCUACCAAAAUGAAAUUUGCCUUGUGCUUGCCUCUUGUGUUCUGCUUAGGGCAAUCUGUGCCGUGGAUAGCAGCCUUUUGAGCACAUGUAAAAAAUCUGCAAUGGUGGGUAUUACUAAAUCUGUGUAUUUUCAUUGUCAGUAAGUAGUCUGUGAUUAAAAAAAUACAUAAAGCUAAAAAUCCUUCAAAUCAAGAACAUAAGAAAAUCUUUAUAAAGUUUUCAAAUAAACAGUUAAGAGGUGUGCAGGGCAAGCAUAAAUGGUUCUGGAAGAUGGUGUUACAGGAUGAUGAAGAAAUUAUUGUUUAAUUUUUCUUCAAAUAAGUUUCUUCAAAACUAUUCGACUGACUCCAAAACUGAGAAAAACUAUUUUUAGGCCUGGAUUUCCUCCUCAGCUGCAGUUUUAGAUAAAAGACUGUUCAUGAUGCAUUGUUUUCCACAACCUUCCUGCUUGUUUUGAAACGUAAUUAAAUGCUGAACUUUUA